AUGAAAAACGUUGCUAGCCAUUUAUUUCGUGGUAAACAAGCCUCAUCAGCACUCUCUUUCUCUCGGUUUUUCAGAGGUGUAGUUUUUGGUGUUGAUACACUUGGUUCAAACUCUAACCUCUCGCUUCGGAAAUCUUUGUCCAAUCAUCAUCAUACAAGGAACACUUCGGUACGCUCUUUCCAUACAUUAUCUUCCUUGUUGGCAAAAGAUGAAGUAACAACAAAAAGUCUUUCUUCUUCUACCGGACCGGGAGGAAACGGAAGUGGUGCUGAGCACAACCAUGUAGAACAACCAACUGCUUCUGAUGAUCCCAACCAAAAAUCAAUCUAUAUGGCACCACAACCAACAGCUAAUAAUAACUCUCCCAUUCAAGUAGUGUCCACAAUAGUUCUCUCCUUCACUAAUUACGAUGAGUGGACAAAGGAAGAAGUUGCUUCUAUCCUUUGUAUGAAGAAAGGUGAAGGUGGAGCCUCAUUGACCGUUGAUGAUGUCAAACCUCUCGUUGACGCUGGUUUCAAAGGAAACUCUCUUGAUAACAUUGUAAAGGAUAUCAAAGAGGUCGGAAGGCUAGCUGCUAUUGCCUCCUUGUCUCAAAGCAAAGACUGUGCUCAAGUUCCGUCAAGUACUUGCAAGACUGUUGUUAAUUGGGUCAAUGAAACAUUAAUGCCCAAACUUUUUCGUUUGUGGGACAAGGAUCAAACAAAGGAUGCAUUGUGCCAAUCAAAACUAAACGGUGGGGCUGGAUUAACCAUAGAGCAAGCUCAGCCUUUCUAUGAUGCAAAAUUUGAUGGAACAACUCUCUCAAAGAUUGUGUACGAACUCGAAAAAGCUCAACAAAAUGGGAAUGAACUCUCUGCAAAUGAUAUCGUGAAACAAAUUUUUGAAAACCAGAUUGAUUUAUCCACUUGCACAACUGUCGUGAAUUGGAUAAAAGACAAAUUGAUAGAGAAAAAUAAGAUACAAUUACCAUUAUUGAAAAUCGUUUCUAAACACUCAAAACCGAAAUACAUUCCAGACAAAUAUAUAGAGAUAAUUCCAAAUUUUUCUGAUGAAGAAUUAUAUUUAUUGCAAGAGAUCAGUGAGUUAAAAUUGAGAGAUUUAUCACAUGUUCACCAUGGCUUAGAUCGCCUCAUUUUCAAUGACAUGCUGAAUAGAGAACAAGCAAAACAAGCAAUUUUAGAUUUAAGUGCAAGACAAUACGAAGCAAGUCAACAAGAAAAAAUUAACAAACAAGACUUAACUUUUUUGAUUGCCAAAGGUGGAAGUGGGAGUGGGAAGACUCGUAUUAUGUCUGAGGUUGUCAAAAUUCUUUCGAAGGCCGAACCACAAUAUAUUUUUAAGAAUUCUUCAAUCAUUUACUUUAACUUUACAAAUGGAUUUGUUUUGCAAAAUGAUGUUGAAAGAGACAGUAGUAUUAUUUCUUUAAUCUCAUCGAGAAUCAUUUACGCUGCUUUUGAACAAGGAGAAGAAAUUGCAAAACGAAUACCAAAAAUAACUAAUGAUUAUUUUUUAUAUGAACUUCUCCGAAUUAUAAGCUCAAAAUUGCACGAACAAUUGAAAGUCGAGCAAUCGAUGCCAAUACCUCUUAUUCUCGCAUUUGAUGAAUAUCAAAGAGUAACCAGACUGAAUCAAAAUCUGAAUACACAAUUACAACAUAAAAUUGGAUGGUAUAUGAGACACUUUCAGAAAAAACAGGGAUUAAUUUUAUUUCCAUCAUUCUCAGGAACGUUAAUGGAAUCCGAUGCCAAAUUUGAACCAACUGACUACCAAAUAAGAACUGUCCCAUUACCAUCAUUGCGACAAGAGGAUGUCGAAAUUAUUAUGAAAGAGCAAGAUUUAAUAGAAUUUUAUACACCAAAGUAUCAGAUUUUUUGGAGUAUCAUUGGUGUUGUCCCUAGACAUUUAGAAUGGGCAGUUAGAUUUGCCAAAGAAAUUAAAAACAAUACAACUAUGCCACUAGAAACAAAAAUAAGCAAUAUUUACGGUAAUGUUGUGAAAGAGGUGUAUAAGAUAUAUCAACCAAGCGAUGAAGUAGAUGUUUAUCAAUAUCUAUCCAUACUUACUCUUUCAGGAUUUCCAUAUAGUACUCACAAAGCUCUCAAAUAUGAUAGUAGAGUUGAAGAAUUAACUAGCCAAGGUAGAAUUUACAAAACUAAUGACCAUAUUGGAUUACCACUUCCUGCUAUUGAUAUACUUUCAGAAUCAAAUGAGAAAAUUCCAAAAAGCUUAUUCAACGACUUUGUUUAUACUUCAACAAAACCGGAUUGGGAAAAAUUCGAAGAGCUAUGUUUGAAAACAAUUACCUGCAAACUGAACUAUAUUCUCAAACUGAAACCAAUUGAGCCUGUAAAUACUUUUACUGUCGGUGAACUUUUUCAAGGAGCACAUAUGACAGAUAAGCUUGCUCAUAUGACUUUGACCACCAAUAUUGGCACAAAAGCCUACUACCGUUAUGUUGAAGUUGUAGAAACAAUUUCUAAAUCACUUGUUCAGAACGAAAACAUGCAUAAUGUAAUCACAAAGGCAAAACCGAAUCAACAAGGUGUUGAUGGAUUUUUGCCUGUAUUUGUUUCUGGUGGGAGGAAAGUGUUAUUUGUAGUUCAAAAUAAGUUUAUGAAUGAUGAUUCACAAAUAAGGACACUCGAACCCAAACAAUUAUGUGAUUAUUAUAACAAGGCACUAUUGGAUAUUGAAGGUUAUGAUAUUUACCCAGUAAUUUUUUCGAGAAAAAAAGUCUCUGAUAACACAGCCAAAAGUGUUAGAACAGGAAUAAUUCCAACUUCAAAAGAGACACCAUGUCCUAAAUUAAUUUUGGUUUCUGGAGAUUGUUUUGAUGCCUUUUUCCAUCCAUUCAUUGCCAACAUUCUCAAACUUAGGGAAAAAUCUUAUGAGGAGUAA